AUGAUCGGCUCAGAUGUUGUCUUAGCGAAACUUGCAUUCUCCCUGUUUGCUUGUGGCGAAGAUGUUCAUUCGUAUUUUCCAAGUAUCACAACCGUUUUUCCGAGUACAAAUCAAGUGUUCGAGAUUCAAAAUACGUAUGUGGAAAUAGUAUGGAAAUAUCUUCUCUACAGAUAUGGUUAUGAUCAAUCGGUGAAAAAGUUUCUUAAGCUGACAUCCUGGCUCUUGGCACUAAUCGUAUUUCUUAUUCAUGUACAAACUUUGGAAACACAUCUCGAUGAAGUUAAUUCGCUCGUUGAACGAACCGAAAUUGAACUUAUUUUAAAUGAUAUUGAUUAA